AUGUGGAAUAUAAUGAAUAAUUUAAUUAUUGGAGGAGGAGAAGCAUGGGGUCAUAGAUUGAUCUACCAUCGCAAGAUUAUGCAAGCCGAGAUGAGAAAGAAUCUAAAGAGACUUUCAUUCUUGGCAGAGGAACGUCAUAUUCAAUUCAGACAAGAGUAUAUCCAAGAUCGUAAACAGAGAAUCGAUAGCAAUCACGUCAAGAUGGCCAAGGAAAAGGAGCACAUUAAAAAGGCUCGUAUCGAAAAGAAGAAAUCUGUCUUUCUUUUGGACAUGGGUUUUGAAAAGGAUAGAUUGCGUAGAGCCGCUGAAAAGGCUGAGCGCAAGCGCAUGGCAAAGCUCAAGCGUGAAAAGAUGGACGCUGUCACCACAAAGGCCCGUAGAGAAUGGUUGAUUGAAAUGAACGACAAGUGUAUGAUGUGGUCGCAGUCGCCAGACGAGCUCAAAUACGCGCAGUACAGAUUGUUUGACAAGACAAUGUUGUCGAGACUGGCCACCAACGAGAACUACAUUCUCGACCGUCACGACUCGCCAACCGACCACGUCGAAGACUUUGACGUUGCCACCAACAAAAAGAUCGACUAUACCAAGAUGCUCGGCGAGCUCAAGGAGGAACUCAACAUUGUAGAGGCCAAGCAACAGCAACAAGCUGUCCAACAAAUUGCCGCCAACGCUGCUGCUGCCGCCGGAGCCCCUGCUCCCGCCGACUCGGCCGACCCCACCCAGAUCAUGGCCGACCCCGCAAUGGUCGAGGCAUUCCGCGACAUUAUAGACACAGAGUACUUGCACAUGCAACGUGCGAUUGCCCGUGAAAACGAGACAACCGAAUACAGCAGCGACAAUCUCGACGAAUGGGCUGCCAAGCAAUUAGAGAUUAUCGAGCAAGAAGAACAAGCCUUGCGUGGUGAAGCAGAGGUCGAGGAAGACGAUGACCUCGAGUUUGACGGACUUCUCGAAGUCAACGACGACGCUGACGAUACCGCUGCUGCUGCUGAUGCUGAUGCUGGUGACAUUGACGUCGAGUACAAGGAAGAGAUGGACAAGAUCGAAAGCAGUUUGUUUGACGCCGACGAAGACAUGUUGUUUGAAGAUGACUCUCUCACUGCCGAGGAGAGAGCCGAGUUGGAAGAAGCCGAGCACAAGGAGAACAUCAAGAUGCUCGCACUCGACGACAUUGAAAUGGACCCAGGUCUCCGUGUCAAGGGUGAAAAAGACAACAACAACAAGGACUUGGAAGACAUGGACGAGGACGAGGACGACGAUGACGAUGUACAAGCCGCCAACGAAGAAGACAUGGAUGACUCUGAGAUUCGUAACUUGCCCGGAUACGAAGCUGCUAAAACCGCUCAUUUGAUGGCAUUGGGUGAAGACAAUGAUAUCGUUGGAGAGUUUGAUCUCGAUGAAGAGGAUGAAAUCGUACUCGACGAGGAGGAUGAAGAUGAAGAUGACGAAGAUGAAUACUUGCAAGAUGAAGACAAGGACGAAGAAGAUGAAGAUGAAGAUGAAGACCAAGAUGAAGAUGAAGACGAAGACCAAGACCAUGACGACGACGACGACUUUGAAGAGGACGAUGAACUUUUGGACCACUACUUUGAGAAAAAGACAGACAAGGCUCAAUAUUUGGAACAAUUGGAAUACAACAAGAUCAUUCGUGGUGAACUCGAGACACGUGAGACCUUUGACGACCUUGUUGGUGACAAGUACUCGGCCGAGGAUGUUGCUCAAUUUGAAAAGCUCCAAGACGAGAUUAUCAAGCGUUACUCCAAGCCUGCUCUCUCCAAGGAAGAAAUCAUUGACUCGAUGGCCGAAAAGAUUGAUCACGAAGCCGAUGGUAUGGUUGGCGGAGAAGAAAGUGCCGAACAAUUGUUAGCUGAAGACGAGGACCAAGACGACGAUGAUUUGGUAUCAGAAGAAGACGACGGAUUAGAGAUGGACGACGAUGAUGACUUGGAAGGAGAUGAUGAAGAAGGAGAGCAAAGAGCCAACAAAGAAUUACAAGCACUCGAGGAAAUGGCAGAAAUUGACGGAGAAAUAGAAGAUGCAAAGCUCGACAUGGAUGCCGAACUCGACGAUCUCCUUGAAGACGGAGUUGACUAUGACAAUGAAGCCGAGAUUGACAAGACCCUCACUAAGUGGGCCAUCGGCAGAGGUCAAAUGCAAAAGCCAUACCAAUUGUCAUCAGACGAGAUGGACAAUGCCCGUGAAAGCCACGCUUUCCUCAGAGAAGAUGAAGAUCUCGUUGAAGAGUUGGACGACUUUGACGCCGAGUUUAUGAUUGAAACUGCCGAAGGUAUGGACGACCAACUCGAACUCGAGGAUGUCUCUGCCGACCAAGACCAAGACGACGAACUCUCUGAAGAAGCCAUCAACAAGUACAUGGACGAAUUGGACGACGACGAAGAAGACCAACCCUCAUCACUCAAAAAGGCCCAAGAACAAGAAGAGGUCUCUUUCCUCGAGCAAGGUGAAGAAUCUGACGAAUUGGACCAUCUCAUGGACCAAGAAUUUAAACGUAUGGACGCUGACGAUCUCAGUGAAAUGGCCUCUCAAACAUGGCUCGCCGAACAAGAUAUGGCUGACAAGUUGUUGGAUCGUUCCGGUCAAAAUGAACCAGAGUUGUUAUUAAACGAUAUCGAUUAUUCCAAUCCACUCCUCCAUUCAAUCGAUCCACUCAAUCAACUUAGUGAAGAAAUUGAUGAAAAUGAAUUUGAUCCAUCACUCCAAACAAAGACAAAUGAUACUACCACCACAUCUCAAGAAGAUAUUGAUAUUGAUGAUCAAGAAAUGCAAUUAUUAGAGAAACAAUUCCUUGAACAACUCAAUACUUUGCCAACUCGUGAAUCCAUCAAUAUGCUCGAAACUCAACUACAAGACAAAUUCUCCAAACACAAAAAGUUGGAAGAAGAUGCCAUUGUCCAAGAUAUCGUUAAAAAGACUGAAGGCAAGGAAUCAACAAUCAAGAGUCAUUUAAAACAGAGAAAGAUGUCAACACCAGAUGAAAUUACACAACAAGCAGAUGCACUCCAUUUAAAUAGAGAUUAUACACCAAUCUUUGAAUUGUUAGAAAAGGGAUAUGGUCAAUACCCAGACAAUGUAGAGAUUGCUUGGAGAUUUGCUCGUUGUUGGUACGACAAGAAUGAAGAUACUACCGACAUGGCAAAGAAGAAAGAGUACAUUGACAAGUCGUUGGACAUUAUCAACAAGGCUGCAAAGAUUCAAGAGAAUCACUGGGCCAUCCAAAAGUGGCUUGCUAUUCUCAUCUCUGCCCUCGGUGAUCAUGUAUCGUCCAAGGAAAAGAUUGCCAAUGCCUACAAGAUCAAAGAACAUGCUCUCAAGUCUAUUGAAGCAAAACCAGAUGAUGCUACUACCCUUCAUAUCCUCGGUCGUUGGAGUUAUAGUAUUGCCUCUAUUAGUUGGAUUGAAAGAACAGCUGCCUCUGCACUUUUUGGUACACCACCAACUGCCACCUACCAAGAAGCUUUGGACUACUUUUUAAAGUCAUAUGCCAUUGAUCCAACCAUUAUCCGUAAUGCCAUCUUUAUUGGUGACACUUAUGUUCAAUUAAAGGAUCAAGUCAAGGCCAAGGAGUAUUUCAACAAGGCUGCUUCCAUUGAAGCCAAGUCUGAAUUUGAUCGUAAAUUGGUUGAAGAAGCCAAGAAGAAGGCCAAUACAACUAAAAAGAUGAAUGCAAUUAGAGCACAAUUAGAUGAAUUGUUUGGUAAAGAUAGAAAUCUUGCACCAAGUGAAAGAGCAAAGAGACAACCACAUUUCUCUGAUGAUGAGAUUUGUAAGUUCUAUAUAUGCGGUCUUUGUCCAAACGAAUUGUUUGUUACUGACCCAUGUACUAAACUUCAUGAUGAAGAUUGUCUUAAAUUAUAUCAAGAUUGCAAGGAUAAAGAACAAUAUGGAUAUGAAAGAGCAUGGGCAAGAGAAAUGGAUCAAAUCAUUCUUGAUAAUGAUAAAAAAGUAAAAAAGAAUAAGGAAAGAUUGAUUUUGGAUGCUGCUAAAUUAGAGGCAGAAGAAGGUUUGAAUCCAUCAGAUGCUGCCAAAGAAUUUGCAAAGAUUAUGGCUGAAAUUGAAGAGAGAAUUCAAGCUUUACUCAAAAAAUCAGAAGAACUUGGUGAAGAGGGUCAAAUUACAGAGGCUCAAGAAUUGAUGGCUCAAGCAGAAAAGCUCAAAGAAGAGAAAUUAGAACUUGAAAAGGCUGAAGAACUUAAAGAUCAUAACAAAAAAAUGUCUGUAUGUGAUAUUUGUGGUGCUUUAUUGUUUGUUGGAGAUAAGGAAAAGAGAUCACAAAGCCAUUUAGAGGGUAAGAAACAUGUAGGUUUUGCAAGAUUACGUUCACAUAUGGAGGAACACUACCAAAGCAAGAAAAGUAAUUAUCAAGAGAAUCGUGGUAAUUUUAAUAAUCAUCACCAAAAUAAUAAUAAUAAUAAUAAUAAUAACUAUAACAACAACAACAACAACAACAACGGUCACAAUAAUAACAACAACUAUAACAACAACAACAACAACAGAGAUAAUUAUCAAAGAAGAAACUAUAACAAUAAUAAUAACAACAACUAUAAUAACAAUGGAGGUGGUGCCUAUAGAAAUAAUAAUGAUCGUGGUGACCGUGAUACCCGUAGUGGUGGUGGUUAUAGCAGAAAUGAUCAUCGUGGCGGAGAUUAUAACAACAGAAACAAUAACAACAAUAACAACAAUGGUAACUAUCACAAAAGAGAAAGAGAGUAUAAGGACAGAGAUCAACCAAGUGACAGAGAAAGAGAUAAUUACUCUAGAAGAUAG